AUGUCCAAUCGCUUCUCACCUCAUGGAGAGUCCGUCCCUCCCAUUCCCGCCCAGAGCACCACAGCCCUCCUCUUGAUCGACAACCAACUCGGCUUUCGCAACACCACAAUCUGGGGCAACGGAACAUCCAACCCAAACUACGACAAAAACAUCACAGCACUCCUCGACAAGUUCCGAGGCAUAAUUGACGCGUCGCCUCAAGAACAACGCCCAUGCAUAAUUCACGUCCAACACAAGUCUGUCUGGACAGACAGUCCAAUGCACCCAUCCCAUACUGGUCCCCACGGUGUCAAUGGCGAAGACAAGCGCGGCAUUGACUUUUUAGAGUUCGCAGCCCCAAGACUCCUUCGAGAUGGAAAACUCGAACUAGUAUAUACAUUUGAUGAACCGCCUCCUCCUCAGACCGCAGAGGAGCGGGCCAAGCUGCAGAACCGACCGCCAACAGAUGAAAUCAUCAUGACGAAGCACGGCCACAGCGUGUUCAUCAACACACCUUUAGAGCAUCUCCUCAACAAAAGAGGCAUCAAGACGCUUCUCAUUGCGGGGAUGUCGACAGACGUAGCUGUCAGUACUGCCGUUCGCAUGGCACAUAAUCUUGCGCUGGUGGGUAAAUGGGGCGGUAGGGGGAAUGUCGCAGAUGCGCCUGAUUCGGCGAUUUGGACGGACGGAAAGGGUAUGUAUGUUCGAGAAGAGGACUGUAAGCCACUUGACGGUGAGGAGGCGGUGGAUGGGUAUCUUGUUGAUAUGCCUCGGAUUGUGUUGAUUGGCGAUGCGACUCGAACAUUUGGUAAGGCUGGUGUUGAUGCUGAGGUUGUUCAUGCUGUGCAUGUUGAGAGUUUGAAGGAGUUUGCCGAGGUGAGGAAUACGAAGGAGGUGUUGGGGGCACUGCAGUAA